AGCUCAAUGACGUAGAGUUAAAAACUAGACUCUGUUUAGGUGCUAAUUCGGCUUCAACUUCCGGUCAGGGCAAAACGUUGCUCUGGGUACAAUUGCACGUGAAAGUUGACAUCCUUUGAUAUCCUUACAAUUGUACAUUUUGAAACAUAAUAUUGCGGUAGGUUCGGUUUAAGUAUUUUUUUUUUUUUGGGUGACUAUAUGGGUGAAUCUUGUUGCGCUGUUGGCUGUCAAAACUGCAGGCAGUCGCAAUGUUUCAGUUUAACCUUUCAGAAUUAAUUAUUAUAAUUAUGAAUGUGCGUGUCAAUACAUCUCUUAAACCUCCCUGGGCGUGCUGCAAAUGUUUAGAUUCAUAUUUCUCGGGAUCCAAAACAUCCCAAGUGUCUAGAUUUAUUGCAUAAUUUUCCAUAAUGUGUGUAUUAUUUACCAUGCUUUUUUUUUUUUUUUUGGCCCUGACAGGAAGUCAGAGCUCGUUGACCAUGGCGGUACCAAUGUUGGAUGCAGAGUGCGCGGUGGAGUUUUUAUUCUACAUCAGGGGUGUCAAACUCAUUUUUAUCACGGACUACCAUUGUAGUUGUGAGUUCCCUCAUAGGGCCGUUAUGGUGAAACCACAGAAAUCCUGAAUCACCUCAUCGUAUUUACACAUGAAAUUUAUAAACUAGUUUCGGAAUCAGAAAUCAAGAGAAAUGGGUUUUUCAGCCAUUGUUCAUGUUUGGUAAUGCUUAUGAUAUCUCAACAUUAUCAUUUAUGACAUGACAAUUUGAAAUGUUGGGAUAUAGUUUCACAAGAAUCACGGAUUUUGACACCGAUGAUUCCCCUUCGCGGGCCACAUAAAAUCAUGCGGCGGGCCGAAUCUGGUCCCCGGGCCUUGACUUGGUGCAGCCGCCAUAUUACAUGUGGAAGAUGUUAACUCAUUCAGGCUAUUGGAACUAAGUUGUUAAAGUCCACUUUACAAAUUUACUUUUAAUACAGAUUUGGGAUACAGACAGGAACCAAAAACAGCUUUUGUCACCGCAUCUUAAUGGAAAUCUAACGAGAUGUGGCUUCCGUGUUCCUCCUUGGUCGAUUCAAUAUGGCGGCGACAUCGGCGUAAGAUUCAGCGUUUAACGGCGCUAUCUAUGUACAGGGACAGGCAAAGGCUGUGUGCAGAGUUCAGCGUUAUGAGUGCCCGUCGGGCGUCCAGCGGGGUGGUUCAGCACGCCCACUGCGCGUCCUGCUACAGCGGACGCUGCCGGGCGCAAGUGGAGGCGGGUGUUUGCUGCGCCCUGGUGGCGUGCCGCCUGCGCUGCGGGGCGGUCUUCCACAUGUGCAAAGAAGAGGGUCACCUCCCGCUGUGCCCCCGCGCCCAGGUGCCCUGUUUGAACGCCGCCUACGGCUGCCCCGCCCGGUUGCCCCGCGACCGGCUGGCCGCCCACUUGCUGGCGUGCCCCGCCAGCGUGGUGGUCUGCGGCGCAGAGUGGAACCGUUGGCCCGUGGACCGCACGGACCCGCACUGCGUCCAGGGGGAGGAGCGAGGCAGGCCCGAGGCUCUGGACGCGGCCCUGGCGAUGGCGGACCAGGACAAGCUCUUCGCUCGUCUCAAGAUGGGCGAACUCUACCCAGAGAUGACGGAGUGGCAGAAUGAGCAAGAAGAAGAGAAGCAGGCACAGGAGGAAGAGUUGAGGUCCAGGCCAGACCAGGACACAGGUUUGGGUGCUAAUGCCGAGCAGCGUUCAGUGCCGAAGGGAAACCAGUCGAAGGUGACUGAGAUGACAUCCGGGAUGAAGGGAGGCGGCUGCGCGCCGGCCGAGGUGGAGCGGAACCGCGAAGAAGCCGACGGGGAAAGCACGGGGAAGGCCCCGGGCGGUCCGGGGAGCGCCGGGAUGAAGGAAGGCGGCCGGGCGCCGGCCGAGGCCGAGGGGAACCACGCAGAAGCCAGGGGUGAAAGCGCAGGGAGGGCCGAGAGCAGUCCGGGGAGCGCCAGAAAUGCCGGUGACGCUACCCCGGACAUGGGAAAAAUGGGCCUGGCGCCUUGGCAGGAUGGGGUUCUGGAGCGUCUGGGUCAGGAGCUCAGCCCACAGGAGUACAACAUGUACGUGGUCCAUCACGGCCGCAUGCUCCUGGCGUUCGGACACAUCCGCGCCUGCACGCCCAGAGAUGAGGACUUCGUCUACGGGAGCCUGGAACCCAUCCCCGUGCAGACCCUGCGCUCCUUCAAGGUACCCACCAGCUACCGCUACUGCAGCCGCGUACAGCUUUACGACGCGGGGGUCCGGGCCCCCAGCGAGCAUCGUGGCGGGGACACGUCCGACCUCCCCGUCGGCCCGGACGACCUCUACGACGAUGAAAUCGACGACACCCUGGUGGAGUUAGCCGAGCGGGAGGCGCGAGGACACAAGAUCAGCGAGUGGAAAGCGGGAGACGGUCUGUACGUGGACGUGGGGACGCAAACGCACCGGUUCCGCUCUGCGCAGUUCAAGCGGGACAGCACCUUGGCGCAGGUGACGGCGGGCCGGACACGACGACUUCACCUGGCGCUGCGGGACGAGAGCACGAGCGGCCGACACAACCGCGCCCGCUGCGUCUUCAACUUCCUGUGCGGUCGCAGCUUCCUGCGCCGGGAGUACGCUCCGCACGUCAGGAACGUCCACUGCGACAUUCGCUCGGGUCUGAGCGGAUGGUUCGAGCAGCGCUGCCCCCUGGCGUACCUGGGCUGCACCUACACCUGCACAAGGUUCCGACCCGCCGGAUGCGCUGCCGUCACAUACAACCCCCUGGCGGCCUCCUUCAAUCUGCGUCCGUCGGCCGACGCUCCGCCGGCGUCCGCCGACUCGUUUGACGCUCUGAGCUCGCUGCCCUUUGAGGUCCUGCGUCACGUGGCCACGUUCCUGGACGCUUUGUCCCUGUCACAACUGGCACUGGCGUCGCCCCUUCUGAGGCGGGUCUGCGCCACGUUGCUGCCCAUGCGGGGGAUGGUCUCGCUGCGCUGGAGGAAGGCGGCCCGCCCCGGGGGGGGCGUCCGCUGGGUGUCCGAGCCGGUUUGGGAGUUCAGCUGCGCAUUCUCGCCGGUGUUGUCGUGGAGGAUGAGCGACGCCCCCCCGAUGUGGGCCCACCUGAAAGUUUGCCCCUUCUACGAGACCUCCCUGCCCGACAGGCCCGUCGCCCUCCUCAGUGCCGCGCCGCGAGAUGGCUGCCAGCGGAGGCACAGCCUGGUCAAGCAUUUCACGGCCUCGCGCCGAUGAC